GAGAAAGUGUGUGUAUGUGAAAGGGUGUGUGUGUCUGUCUGUGUACAUUUUCUAAAGGACACAUCUGUUUUUGUGGAACGGUGUUGUUUGAUCGUGUACUUAUUCAAAUCGAAGCGCCGCUGGGGCCAGCUGAUUCGCUUCACAUUUGCAAUUCAAACCAACUUCCUCGUUUUGUGACACUUCCCACUGAAUUGUGGGAAAUGUAGUUUAGCUUCUUUCUUUUUUUUUCUUUUUUUUUUCAAAUAUAUGAUCUUGUAAUCAGGGGAACCACAAUAUUGGGUCAAUCAGCAUGCUUACACAAGCAAAAGGAGUGUGUGUGUGUGUGUGUGUGUGCGUGCAUGUAUGCGUGUGUGUGUGUGUGAAGCCUUUCUGUUAGUAAUAAGGAAGUGCAAUUUACACUUGAACUUUGUGUGCUUUACUGGAUUUAUGGACAAGCUGCACAGAAUAUAUUUAUGUUUGUGUGUGUGUAUAUAUAUAUAUAUAUAUGAGAGAGUGCAACAGAGUGAGACAGACAGGUGAAGGACAGACAGGUGCAGAGAGAGAUGGAUAGUUGAUGAAUGACACAAAAAGAAUAAUAGGGAGAAGUGGAGGAUGAAUGAAGAAGUCAGUGUCGUAUGGGAGGGUUUUAUUUGUCCAGACUGUCGUUUCUGUCUGUCUCAAAGGUCAUGCAGUCAGUGGACUCUACUCUCCUGCCUCGUUCAUCAUUUAGCCAGUCAGAACGACAGAGAGAGAGAGAGAGAGAGAGAGAGAGAGAGAGAGAGAGAGAGAGAGAGAGCGCUACUGUUACAGCUGCCCGACCACUACCACCCGUCUCUCUGCACUCUCGCUUUCACUGUUCACUGAAAAAAAAGAAAAAGGAAGGAAGAAGUUUUGUGUGUGACAGCACACGAGAGAGAGGGAGAGAGAGAGAGAGAGAGAGAGAGAGAGAGAGAGAGGAAGAGGGAGGAACAUAAACGGCGUAUAUAGUCGGAGAAGUUGACAGACCCUUGAUCAUUCACAAAGCGGCGAAAACAGUAAGUGUAUUUAUUUUUGCCUCAUCAAAGAGAGAGUGAGACAGAUAAAGAGACGGACAGAGACAGAAACCGAGAGAGAAAGACGGAUAGAGACAGAAAGAGUUUUUUCAGAGUGACAGACAAAGAUGGUUCGGUGGUUCCACAGAGAUCUGUCUGGUUUGGAGGCAGAGACUCUCCUGAAGAAUCGUGGAGUUGAUGGUAGUUUCCUGGCGAGACCGAGUAAGAAGAACGCUGGUGAUUUCUCUCUGUCCGUCAGAGUGGGGGAUGGAGUGACACACAUCCGUAUCCAGAACACGGGAGAUUUUUAUGAUCUGUACGGAGGGGAGAAGUUUGCGACUCUGUCGGAGUUGGUGGAGUAUUACACCGGAGAACAGCACGGGGUUCUGCAGGACCGAGACGGAACCAUCAUCCAGCUCAAAUACCCGCUCAACUGCUCCGACCCUACCACUGAGAGGUGGUACCAUGGUCACCUGUCGGGUCCGGAUGCGGAGAAGUUGUUGCGUGAGCGUGAUGAGGUGGGGAUGUUCCUGGUGCGUGAGUCUCUGUCCAACCCAGGGAACUACGUCCUGUCUGCUCUCACGGACGAGAAGAACACUAAGGGCAAGAGGGUGUCUCACAUCAAGAUCCUCUACAGUAAUAACGGCUACACGGUGGGGGGGAAAGAAGUGUUCGACACACUGACUGAGUUUGUGGAGUUUUACAAAAAAACACCAAUCGAGGAAGUCACCGGAACCAAAGUUUACCUGAAACAGCCGUAUUUCUCCACCAGAGUGAACGCGUCCGAGAUCGACCGCAGGGUGAAGCAGCUGGAUCAGUCCAUUGAGCCACAGAGUGAAGAAGGAGGAGACAAAAAGAUCAAAGCUGGAUUCUGGGAGGAGUUUGACGCUCUGCAGAAACUCGACACCAAAAUGAAGAAGAGCAGAGCCGAAGGGAUGCGGCCGGAGAACAAAAGCAAAAACAGAUACAAAAACAUCCUGCCUUUUGAUGAAACCAGAGUGAUUCUGCAGUGCCACGACCCCAACGUGGUUGGAGCCGAUUAUAUUAAUGCCAACUAUGUCAAGAAUAAGAUGUACGAGAGCUGUCCUCCAAAAGUCUACAUUGCGUGUCAAGGCUGUCUCGCAACAACUGUCAAUGAUUUCUGGCAAAUGGUGUGGCAGGAGGAGUCCCGGGUCAUCGUCAUGACGACGAGGGAGGUCGAGAAAGGACGGAAUAAGUGCGUGCCGUACUGGCCCAACUGUGACGAGACCAAGGAGUUUGGGAAGUACGUGGUGACGCCCAUGUCUGAGAGAGAUGCUGAUGAUUAUAAAGUCAGAGUGAUGGAGGUUGCACUGAUCGACGGGAGUGAGAUGCCGAGAGAGAUCUGGCACUUUCAGUACCUGAGCUGGCCGGAUCACGGUGUCCCUGAGAAGCCAGACAAAGUCCUGAGUUUCCUCACACAGGUCAACAGCAAGCAGCAGGACUUUCCUGGGGCGGGGCCCAUGAUCAUCCACUGCAGUGCUGGUAUUGGCAGAACAGGAACCAUUGUUGUCAUCGACAUGCUGAUAGACACAGUCGACGCUAAAGGUGUGGACUGUGAUAUCGACAUACAGAAGUGUAUUCAGAUGGUGAGAGAACAGAGGUCGGGGAUGGUGCAGACGGAAGCGCAGUACCGCUUCAUUUAUCUCGCCAUGCUGAAGUACAUCGAGUCUCAGAAAGACAUACAACAAGCCCGAAUGUCUGCAGAAACGGAGUAUGGAAACUUGUCUCUACAACCCAAACACGCUAAAGCCUCCCGCAAAGUGUCCAAGAAUAAAGAGGACGUGUACGAGAAUCUGGGAGCGAAGGGGAAGAAAGAUGUAAAAAAGCAGAAAUCGGAGGAGAAGAAGAGCGGCUCUGUGAGGAAACGAUAAGAGUCAGCUGGAAUAACGAUGAAGGACUCGCCUGUUCUCACCUGUUUCUUAGUCAUGCCAGUUAAACAUUAUUAUUAUUAUUAUUAUUAUUAUUAUUAUUAUUAUUAUUAUUAUUAUUUUGUCAGAUUUAACACAGGACAGAUAUUAAUGAUUUAUUUAGCAAUUUAGCAAUGAUUCUGUAAACUAUGAUUUUAAAACAAAUACGUUUACAAUAAACUGUUUCUCCAACAAA